AAACAACAAUUGAACUUGUGUUAAAACAACGUUUGGACACUAUAUUUCCAAUAUAUAAAAUAAUUAUAGUGAUAUGAGAAUAGUAAUUUAAGACAUAAACCGUUGGGGAUAGAUUAUCUUAUUAACCAUCAUAAUAUCGCACAUUUCUGAUUAUCAAUCUUUCUAACUGACGUCCAAUCACUUCUGUAAUAAACAUCAUGCGUGAAAGUUUUGAUAUAGUUGUACGAAGUGAUAAAUAUACAUUGACAGUCAAAUUGUUGUACAGUGUUUCAAUUAUUCUAUUGAUCAUAUGGUUGAUGAACAUUUUACCAAGUCUUUUCAAUGGAGAAUCAAUCAAGUCGAUCAUGAUGUAAUACCUAAAACAAUAGAAUUUUCGUGCAAUAAUAUAUCUGUUCCAAACGGGUCAGAAUCAGAUCUUGCUAGUAUAUUACACAAAAUAUAUUCCCUAUCAGUAAAACAUCCGUUCAAAAAUACCCACUGAGAUAUAGUCUGGAAGAAAAUAGACUUGAGAAAUUAUAUGAUUCAUUGGGUGUGAAUAAGACGGUAAGUUGACUAUUAGAAAUAUUCUUUGAUGUUGAAUAGACUGACUGUCUUCUAAUUAACUGAUCCUUACUAAUUAUUCAUUGAUAUUUCAAAAUGAUCGAGAUUAUGUGUGCAAAAUAUUUGUGUACAUUGUUCAAUUUCAUAGUAGUUUACGUCACAGUGAUCCACUCACCACCAGGUCUGUUGUUGGAUCAUCACAGAAACUUUGGUUGAGAGAUGAUGUUUGUAAGUGGAAUGUGUAUGGUGAGAUAUAUGAGGAGUUGAAGACACGUUCUUCAGAUGUUUCUGGAUGACAAGUGUGAAAUAACGUCAGUUUCAAACUCUCCAUCAAAUUGAUACUCACAUCUCGUGAUCGUUUCACUCAAAUGGCAUCAAUUGCAUGAAUGACAUCAAUAAUAAACCUCGCCAUCACUACUAACCAUCAGGAUAAAUAUCAUUGAUAGAAAGGUUGUGAAUUAUCCCAUUGUUUAUAAUCUUGUCUGGAUUUUGAUGAAUCUCCGAAGGAAAGAACCUCGAAUCCUAGUUUCCAUUGCUGCUCACAACUAUAUCCAUUCCAUAAAACAUUUGGACAUAUACCGUUCACUUGGAUAUCAGAUUGACGAAAUCAUAUUUUGUGCGUUUGAUUACUGAACUAUGUAUGAAAUAGAUGUUAGAUAUGAUGCUCAUUAAAUUAUGAAAAUCAACACAUGAAUUUGUAUCAACUCAUGUUUCAGGUGAAGACGUUUCUCAACUAUGGGCAUCGUACAAUUUUUAGACCAAUGGACUUUUCAAAAUGUCAUGCUUCGAAAUGUGCAGUUAUCACUGACAUGAACAGAUGGCGAGAAGCUGAUGCACUUAUACUGACAGAAGGUAAAGUGCCAAAUGGAAUUCGACCUCCAGAGCAAUUAUGGUUUAGUUUAAUAGAAGAGUCGCCUGUACAUAUUGCUAUGGCAGGUACACUGGAAAAUGAAGUGAGUAAUUCUGGCCAUAGUAAUAUUACUAAUCUUUAUAAUUUCAUUACGGUUGUAUGUAGCCGACGAGGACUCAGCGAAUAAUGUCACUAUUCUUGAUUUUGAACCAUGAAAUGGACUAAUUGUGUGAAGUUUAUGAAUUCCCAUGAAACACAUACCUAUGCGUCACACAACAGUAAAAGUUGUCCAGCGAAAACGUUUAAACCUGGUUUGCUUUAGCACACAUGUUACACUGUGAUUGAUUUUAUAAGAAACGUUUUGCAAGAAGAUAAAUAAAUAAAUUCGUGUGCAAUUUUAGCUUCGAAUUCGUGGUCAAUGUUCGAAUUCAGGUGAAGACAUUCAUUAAUUUAAUGCAUAUUCAUUGAUUAGUUCAUGAAAUUUUAUAUAGUUUCCAACUGAAGAUUCAAUUAUUCAAAUGAAAAUAAUGUUCACCUCUUGGCUGAACUCCAUAGAAUUCAUUUCACCACUUUACACUAUUAUCGCAACUAUCUUACAAACAAUUUCGAUUAUGGUUAAUUUUGGUUAAGCCCUUUUAUUAACUUACUUAACAAACAAUCUUAUAAGAACAGUCACAAUUCGUAUAUUCCUUU